CCCUGGAGGUAAACAAACACUGAUAAUGUUUUUUACCGAGUUCAGUUUUUUGUGACAUUUAAUGUAUUUUCCUUAUCAUCAUGUGAUUCUCAGUAGUUAGCCUUUAAGACAUGGAUGGCGUCCUCAUAUUUAGUUUCCUAGUGCUUCUUUCAUACUAUGUUGUCACCAGAUUGUUCCCAAAACUGUUUGGCUGGAUCAUCAGGAAGCGAUAUAAUAUUGAUGCUCGUAUAGGCCGUAUUGGGCUUCCGUAUCCUAAUUUACAAAAUAUUGUGAUCAGUAAAAAUGGAUUCACAAUCCAUAUAGAUAAAAUCAACUUUCGCAGCAGUUUUAUCAGCAGCGAAGUAACCAAAUUGAUCUGCCUGGUAGUGCAUGAUGUCCGGAUCAACAAAGAUGUUGUCUACCAAAAUUUGGACGAAGAAACAGAGAGUCAAGAUUUUGGAACUGAUGUAUCUUUUCACGAUAAAAAGAUACCUCCCUCCAUCAUAAUACUAGCUCAAUUCUUAUCGGUACACAUUCGAACAAUAACAGCUGCUCUUUUCCGUCCAGAAUCUCCUGAGUGGUUGAUUCAUGCAACUGCUAAUGAUGUACACCUAGAUGUUUCCAUUGUACGAAGUGCUCGGACCUUAUUAGCAAACCUUACCACAACAUCAGCAUCAGCAAAGUUGUUCAGAGAUGCCCCGCCACUUUCAGCUUUACCAUUUAACAAACCACGACCCGCCACAUGUUUAGCUGAGCUAUCUGUUGCUUUAACUGCUGAAUCAACAGUCAUGGCACAAGGACCUUUCUCUGUUGAGAAGUUGUACGUAGGUUUAGAGCAUACGAAAGCAAUAUUCAAUGAAGGUUUCUAUAGCUUUGCCCAAGAAAGGAAACAACAACAAAAAGGAAGCACAGGGACAAGUGUGAAAAAUGACGUAAACAAGAGACUAGGCAAACCUUCGUCAGCACCUCCUCAUGACCAGUCUGGUCUGGAGAAACUGGCAAAAUUUUCACCGAUAAUACCAAAAAGCUUCAUUUUAAGUCUUCAGAAUGGCGUUCUGACGGGUAUGAAGGGAAGCAUGGAGACGGAGUUGAGUGCAUCUUUACGAUUGUUACACAUAGAAACAAAGUUUUCUUUGAUUCCUCCUAAAAAAUCCAAGAUCCCAUCAAUGUUACCGUUUGUAAGCCUGUCCGUUGCGGUGGAUGCCCUUCAUUGCCGAGGACGCUAUGAUAAGAUUCUAGAGCUGCGGAAACUUUCUAUUGAAACUAAAUUAGAGGAUCGAGAACUAUCCUUACUUUUCUCAUUGAAUACUCUCUUGAUAGUCUACAAUCACAAGGAUAUUCAUACAUGGCUUACAACAGAUCUUCUUAGAAGUACUUCUCUGAAGUUGAAAAAUAGCGAAAUGAUGGAUUCCAGCUCAGUGGUUGAAAGACAUUCUUGGUUAAGGGGUGUUUCAAUUGAUUGCACGGCUGAAAUGUGGAAUGUAAUGUCCUUUUUAAAAUUUUCUCGAUCUUCCAAUGCAAAUCCUGUAAUUGGAUUCAGCAAAUCAAAAUUUACGCUCUCCUGUGAUCCUGUAUCCUCGGAUUCUAGCCCAGAUGACUCUGCAAGAUACAUGAUAGAGUCCCUGCCUCUAAAUUUAUCCAAACGUUGUUGGAACUCGGAACUGCUGGUGGAAACACUGUGGUUCAGUCUCAAGUAUUCAACCGAUUUCUCUAGUGGACCUUUGAAAAAGUAUCACUUGUGGGGCACGCCCCUAUUUCUUGGAGUUGCCUUAAUUAAAGUGAAAGGUCGACUACCUCCCAAUACACCAAAGAUAAAUGCUAUGUUAGAUACUUUUCGCUUUGAGUGGAGUCCUCCAUUGGCUGCAAUUAUCAUUUUAAUAACCAAGUGUGUCAGUGACUAUCAACUAACAAACCCCUCAAAAAUUAUUCCACUAGAAAAAACACAAAAAGAAAAGCAUCUGCCCACACUGUUUGUGGUCGGAGUGACAGUAACCAAUUUCAAUGGAUUCCUCAUCGCAGAUAAAAAAGUUUGCAUCAUGGCCAGAGUUGACUCAAUCACUUUUGAAAGUGGAACAACAAAACAAAACUUUGCCCUGUCUGGAGCCCGUUUAGUUUCUAUGUGUCCAACUCAAGCCCAGUUUAUCUGUCAUCGCUAUCAUGAUGUUAAGUCAGCAUUUGGGAAUAUCAAGUUGGCUCGUUUGGAAUGGAAAGGGAGUAGCAAUCAAUUCACGGUUGAACUUUUAGAAGAAAUGGAAGCUCACUGGAGUCCAAACUUGCAUCUGAAAUUCCUUACAUUGGUGGAAGAAUUCCUAGACUUCUCAAACAAUUUAGUUUCAGAGACUUUUGCCUCUAAUUUCACUCAUGCCGCCGAUGAUGAUUCUAAAAAACAAUGGAAUGUUCAGGUGCGGGUAAAAGCGAAAAUGAAAAUCGGCUUGAUUUUGUCAAAGGAGCAUCAUCUACAUUUAACUUCUGGGAACGUUACAUACAGAAGAAGUGGAGAUCAAAUUAACAUAGAAACUACGCAGUUUGAUAUUGCAGUUGAUGGUUGCGACAUCUUUAUGGUAGAGAACUUACAAGUAACCAAAAUUCAUGACAGCGAGGUUGUGAAGGUAGAACGCGCUAACUGUGAAGGUUUUCAUCUUCCAUGGAAUAAUACUUGGGGUAUCGCCAUUCGAUCUCUAAAAGCAAUUUUUCCCCACGAGCAUAACUUUGCCUCUGCAGUUCAAAAUGAACUCUUCAGUAUCAUUAAAUGGUUGAAAUUGAUACAUAAAAAACCAGCCCCGAAAGAUGAAUUAUCUCCAUUACCAUGUGAUCUUAUUAUCAAGAUAAAAGAAUUUAUGUUCGAAAUGAGUGAUGAUCCAUUUGAAGUGCAUUUGCGUGAUAACUAUGAAUUAUUAGAGGACGAAUACAAAGAGAGUUUGAAGAGGCAAAAAAUGCUUGAAGCAAAGCUGGCCAAGUACUUUGAAGCCCAUGUUUUGAUGCCAGCCAACAAAGUCGAGGAGCUGUACAACAACCUCAACAAGCUUAACGCUCAGAUUUACAUUCAAAGAUCAAAGCAGAUGAAAACACAGUUGCCUGUGCGGACACGGCUAUUUGCUUGGCUCAUGACUGAUUUGGAAAUUAUCAUUCUUGCAGACCCCUCCCUCCAUGGUCCAGAAAACGUUGUCAAAAUAAUGACAGAGAUUGAUACUGACACUCCUUGGCCAGCGGAAGGUGUGGAGUUCACGACUCUCUGGUGUCGGUCUAUCGCUGUGAGUUGUCAUGAAUGGAAGUUCCAGCUGAGAGAUUUCCCUCAGCCGUGGUUGGACAUCAAACAGCUACAUCUGUGGGGUUGUUUGGUUGGAGCAGAACAGUUGGCAUCUGAACGAGCGAGACGUGGAGUAAUGAUAGAACUUGGAGAUCCUUAUGGAGAAGUUACUAUCGAAAGAAGUAUGACCUCCCUCAAAUUUUACCACGAUUUCAACUGUGAUGUAGAACAUUACAGCUAUGCAUUUGGACCUUGUUGGGAACCUGUAAUUGCACAAUGCAAUUUGUGCUUAGAAAAAAUUUUUAGUCCAUCCCGAGAUCCGAGCCCGCCUUUACCAUGGUGGGAUAAAAUGCGACUCUUGUAUCAUGGACGCCUAACAAUGGUCAUUCGACAACUAACGGUAUUACUGCACGCUUCAUUAGAUCCUUACAAUACUAUGGAGGAGAUGGAGGUAACGUGGACGUAUGUUGCCAUGGAUUGGACGAACGCAAAAUUUAUUUUUAAAGGAGAUUUUGAUGUGUUUGUGCGAACUGCUUCCAAAUAUGAUGACUGUAGAUUGUUACACUUACCAAAUCUAAAAUUAAAUAUAAAAUUAACCUGGCGGUGUGUGGGUGAUCCAAAUGAUCAUCACUCUGUCAUGCCCUGUGCCCCAGAUAAAUUGCCAGAAUAUUCCUCAAACCAAGAGCAUGACUCAUUCCGAUCAUUCCGUUCUCAAAAUUUAAAUGUGAGUCUCAGUUUUGAGACAAAACCAAACCCAAACUCGCAGAAUGAACUUGAUUGUCCAAUCGCCUUGUUGUAUGGGAGCACCUUUAGGUGGUUUGAAAAUUUGAAAUUAAUUUUGUCAGGAGUUACACGUCCAACUCGGCGAGGAACAAUAUUUUCACAAGUUGUUCGACCUCGAAAAUUACCUCUAAGUAGACACUACAAAAGAAUUCACUUGUCUUUUGGGCUACAUUGCUUCCAAAUUCAUUACUGGAUGUCAUUCUCAAUGCAAAGGGGGUUGGAGAUUCAAGGACAGAGGAUUUCUUAUAGCUCGGAGUAUAUGUUGAAUUUGGUGCCAGUUGAAGAUGGCUUGAAACAUCGACCACGACCAGUGUGGGCCAUCAUGUAUAUGAACUGCGAGCUGAAUGAUGCAGAAGUUUGGUUAAAAAGUGCCCUUAAACAAGAAAAUGGAAAAGAAUUAGUUUCGUUUCGACAGCCUGUUGAAAAGUGUUACUGUUUAAGUGUGGGUAAAGUUUGUUAUGGCCGUGAAACGACCGUUCCAAAUAACUGUAGUAGUAACAAUGAAGAUACUCCCACUCACCGCCUGGUGGUAUAUCAUCUACGAGGUGCAUGGACAACAAGUAACCGAGACGUUGCGUUUGCUCUUUUUGAUAGCUUUAUGAAAACAAAACAAAUUAAAAAGAAUCUAUCGACGGAGGCUCUGAAGGUAUUCAGAAGCACAGAUGGGAACACCCCUCAUAAAUCGCGGACGCGAGGAAUGGAAGGGCAAGCCACUCCCCCACUAACAGCAACAGCAACAAGCAAUUCAAUCCAGACAUCGAAUGCAGUACAGGCAGCUCCCUCACCCAUGACCAAGUUACAGUCUGGUCACGCUGCCAAUAUGCUCCAGCAGCUCAUCGCAGAGGCAGACAAGAAAAGUGUAGUGUUUAGUAACGACCUUUCAGCACAAACCAAGGAGCAGAAUUUGCAAGGGCUGGCGGCAUGUCAUGAGGAUGAUGUUGUUCACAAAAAUUGGUCCAUUUCAUUAGUCAACAGCCAGGUCCUGUUAAAAGGCUGCGAAACUAAGGGUUAUGUCAUUUUAAGCGCUGCCAAAGCAGAAAUCCUACAACGGACUCACCGACCAGUCUGGAAGGAUCGAACUCUCGUCUCAAAAGUAACGUGGGUUGGCUCUCUGGAGUGCAUGCAGUACUAUGCCACAGUAAGUGCUGGAGAAAGUGACUCUUUGACAGAGAACAUAAUGUGGUUGUCAGUUGAGAACAUCCAGGAAGAGAAUCCAACGGUCAUUGUUGAUUUGCCAGAUGUGCCAGAUCUUGUGGGCUCUGGGAAGAGUGUCGGUGGUGUUGUUAGUGAAACUGUAGGCGCAACCAGCGAUCAGAAUGAAGAUGCUCCUUUACAGCUCCAGAGGAUCGUUUCCAGGUGUAAAUGUGAAUUCUUUUAUGCUGGUUAUGGGGAACUGAGCAUCGAUCCGAGCACACUGAAAGAGGUGCCUCCUUAUCCACCGGAAGAGUCGAGUAUUCCGUGGGAACAUGUCGACCAUGGUGUGGAUUCUUUCACCCUCAUGCAUCAUGAUCUGGAUGUUUGCACAAAUUCCCUACAAUAUGCUAUGAUCUUGGAUAUUGUGAAUAAUUUACUGCUUUACGUAGAACCUAGGCGGAAGGAGGCCUAUGAAAGAUUGCAACGAAUGCGAUUUCAGUUGCAAUUACACUCAGUGGAGGAUCAGCGUCGACCAAUCCAGCAACUACAAAACGAUGUCAGGGGCUUAGUUGCAAAGCUACGUCGACUCGAAAAAGAAACAUAUUUAGUUCAGAGAGCGAUGCUUGAAGAACCAGGAAAUGAAGAACUAAUUCAAGACAUUGAAGAUUUGGAAGCUUCAGUUUUUGAAUGUAAGGAGCAAUUGAGUGUCAGCAGUGAGGAAUUGGACAUGAUGCUAUCAUGCCACAAAGAGAAGCAACUGACUGCAAAUCAAAAGUUGGCCACUCUUCAAGGCGACAAAGCUGUCACAACAGCUAGAGUCAAUGAGAUUUGCUUCAAGCAUGCUCAGUGGAGGCUCACUCAGACUGAUGGUCAGUUGGGUAUCGCUGAUUUAGUGCUCAGUAAUUUCCUCUACACCAAAAAAACCAAAAGUGAUGAUUCAGUAGAGCAUUUAUUAGAGUUAGGUUAUGUUCGCAUGACAAAUUUAUUACCAAACCAAAUUUACAAAGAGGUCAUUGUACCCACGGAAAUUCAGAGCAACAUGCCUGUUGACCGGAAAAAAACAAUUCGAGUAUUCUGCCGUGAAAAAGCCCCUGUUGGUGGUAUCUCGGUGAAAGAACAUUUUGAAAUCAACGUAGUUCCUCUAACAAUAGGUUUGACAAAAAAAUUUUUCAACACAAUGCUCAAGUUCUGCUUUCCUGAAAAGGACCCAGAAAAUAUUGAGAAUGACGUUCCUGAAACUGAUAUAGAUUCAGGAACGAAUAAAAAAAUAAAAGGAACCACAAAUACCAACAAGAAAGGGAAAGAUUCUAAUUUUUAUGUUCCCAUCGAGCAAAAGGAUGAUGUUGAGAAGAUGAAAGAAAGAGCAGAGAAAAAUAAGCUCUUCAUUUAUAUUAAGAUUCCAGAGGUUCCUGUGCGUGUAAGUUUUAAAGGAAAUAAAGAGAAAAAUUUGAAAGAUAUUCGUGAUUUUAGUCUGGUUAUACCAACUUUAGAGUACCACAAUGUUACUUGGACAUGGCUCGACUUACUUCUUGCAAUGAAAAAUGACAGUCGUCGUGUGAUUUUGUCUCAAGCCAUUACUCAAAAAUUGCGCUUGAAGAGGAAUGUCAAUGCUACAGAUGAUGGGACAUCACCUCAAGAAGAAGAUAAAGCAAGAAUGUUAUUCGGCGAUCGUUUAAUGCCUGAAACCUCCCUAAAUAAAAAAGGGUUCUUUAAAUUUCAAAAGUAAAACUCUUAGAAUUUCUUUUAUGUUCCUAGAAGAUGCAACGCCUCGGUGGUAGAAUAUUAUUCCUACACUAGAUGUUAAACAUAUUUUUAUGGGUAUAAGCUAAAGUACUUCUCUUAUUAUUUAUAUCACUCAAGCAAAUGAAUCAUUGUCAGCAGGAUUAGCUUUUCUAUUUAAUUGUUCUGUCAAAUAGAUUUUUUUAAUUCAUAUACAAGCACAAUUGUCUAAACUGAGAGAAUUGCUCUAAUCAGUUUGCAUAAACUAAUAGGAGUCUGACCUGAAAAUUUUCGCUUUUUUUUUAUCUAUAUCAAAUAAAAUAUUCUGAGUAUCUGUGGAAAGUGACCAAUAUGCAAAAAAUUACACAGUCAAACACCAGUUGACUGAACUUUUUUUUUUUUACUAAAACAUAUGUAUUCAAAUCCAUUUUUCCAUUGGAAGACAAGAAUCUUCAAUAGAUUCCUAAGGCUGUGAGUUUACGACACAUUUCUUGUCAUAGAUAUGAAGUAUUGAUAAUAUUUUUAGUUUUUUAUUUGUUGAUUUUAUAUUUGUAAGUAGAAAAUUAUUUUUGUACAUAACAGGGGAUCAAAGUUAAUUAUUGUUGUUCAUGUGUAUUUGGUGGCGAAAAAUUUCAAGUUUUCACAAGUGAACGGUACGUACCUAAAAUGAUCAAAGCUGAAGCCCUAUAUCAGUAUGACAAAAUUUCAGUUGCGGAUAACAAAAGCGCUGAUUGUCUCCCCAGCAAGAGUUUAGGUAAAUCUUGUUAAUGGGUUGCUCUGUGGUAAGGAAUAUUUGUAGGGUUGUAGCAUAUGUAUAGCUUCGCCUCAUUAACAUUUUGUGAAAAAACCAAAAAGUUCUGAAAAUCAUUCAAACAAUUUAUAUCUAAAGGGAGAAAAAGCUAAUAAAAAUCCGACCAAUUAAAAGCCAAUAGUCUUGUUGAUGUAACAAAGCAAUGCCUGAAGCUGAAUGUAGGCAAUCAGCAAAUGCUGUUUCCUUCACCUAGUUACCUCAUUAGAGCCUGUCAAAAAUAUCCUCUCACACAGGUUGGAUUUUUGGCCUUUUCAAAACAGGAUCUCUUUGCCAUUCAGGGUUUAAAGAAAAUCCAAGAAAAUUUUCAGAAACUUAUAAUUCACUCCGUACUUUUAGAAAAUGAAUUGGAAAAUGGGGGUCACUGACGAAUUGUGAUGAGACAAAUGACUAUAUGUGCAUUGUGCAAGACAAUGGAAUACUAGAAGCUUUAAAAAAGGAAUUUUUACACGGUGACACUGAUUCGUUGUUUUGUGAUUCAUCUAACAUUACUCGGUGCAGAUUUAGAAACACUGAUUUCAAUAAUGUUCCGCGUCUGAUUAUUGAAAGUUUAAAUCAGUCUAAUAAGCCAUCUAAGUAAAAUAUAUUGCAUGAUUAGAUAGGGCUACGUCUUGUCUUCUUGUCCUGCCAACGUAGUUUCAACAUUCGGACCGCUGACAAGAGGACCUAUUUGUGACUCACUAUGGAGAAAGAGGAUCUUUGAUCUCAGAGUAAAAGUUUGAAAAGAUAGUGACUCUUGUAAACUUGGGUUUAAAAAAUCGGUAUUUAAAUUUGUGGUAGAAUAAAGCUCUUAUUCUGUAGUGUCAGCAAGAGUUGUUUGAUUCUGCAAUUUGCCAGUAGAUGUUGUGCUGAAGCAUUUAAACCAUCUUAUUGAGCUCUGAACAUGGGAUGUUGAAGUGCUUUUAAAUAUCUCCCUUUAAGGGACUGAAAUGCCUUUCCUUGGCAACCGGCUCAUUUCUUCUCAAGUUUUCUGAUCAAGAAACUGACAGUAUGACUAAGGCUUGAAAGGAAUUUCAAUAUCAAAACUCACCAAUACCUAAAAGUAAUGCAAUCAAGGUUACAGUGACCCGAGUGAGACUGAGAUUCAGAGCAAAAGUAUAAAUCAUAAAUUUCAAAUAUAUUAUUAGUUGACUGCAAAGUAUAAUUAAGUAAGAAAAUCCAUUAGUGAUACAUUGCUGUCACAAACAAAAAACCCUGUAUCUUUUCACAUUCUAGUUAAAAACAGCUCAGAACUCAGCCCUUAUUAUUUUACCACAGUUUUGUGUCAUGCCAGUUCACUCUAAUUAUUUGAUCUUUAUCUUAUCUUAGGUAUUGUUAAUUUUUUUUUGUUCAGUUGUCGUGAAAAUUGUAGAUUAACGAUAACGUGUGCUAAUGUCAAGUAUUGGCUCAAUAUAUAAAAUUGACUAAAGUUGA